AUGAGUUCAUCGUGGACAUUCAAGCAGAACAAGGUGUUCGAGGAUGCGCUGGCCAAGUACGACAAGGACACGCCAGACAGAUGGCAGAACGUGGCGCGGGAGGUUGGCGACGGCAAGACGGUGGAGGAUGUGAAGAAGCACUUCGCGGAGCUGGAAAAAGACGUGUACGAGAUUCAUACAAACGGUGCCGGCAGCAGCAGCAACAACAUCAAGGGCGGUUCCAGCCGCGGUGGCAGCAGCCAUGGGCAGAGGUAG